AUGAUUCUGACGAUCCAAAGCCUCACUAUUGUCAGCAUCGUUCGGAUCAAAAGCCUGCUAGACUUUGCGAAAACACCCAACAUUACUGCUGAGUUACUUGGGGGUGUAAUCUGGUCUCAUAUCGAGCUCUGCGUUGGAAUUGCGGUCGCCUGCAUGCCGGCUGCGAGAUAUCUGGCAUGGAGGCUCUUCCCAAAGCUGCUGGAACUCAGUCGGCGCACUUUGUCAAAGUCGAGCAAGACGAAGCCUUUGGUGCAUGUGGAGGAGCUUCAGCCUGUCGCUAAGGGUUGA